AUUAAAAAUGGGUGUUCGUGGUUUAACUUCGUACGUGAAUAGCAAUCAAGACGUGCUUAUGAAAAGCUUUUAUUUACACAACACUAAUCUCAUUAUUGACGGUUACAGUUUAUGCGCUAAAAUAAACAUAUCAAUGUGUGGCUUUCCAGCAUUUGGUGGUAAUUACGACAAAUUCGCUUCGUCUACAAGGACUUUUUUCAAAAACUUACGCAAAUGUAAUGUUACUCCGCAUGUUAUUUUUGAUGGUUGUCACGAGACAAAAAAAUUGCAUACAGUGUUUAGACGUUUACUAGAUAAGUUAAAUGAAGUAGCUCAUAUGCAUCCUGCGAUGCAGAGUUUUAAAAGAUUUUUUCCUUUUUUACUAAGAGAUGUCUUCAGAAAAGUUUUAAGUGAUAUGGAAAUAAAUUACACAAUAUGUAAGUUUGAAGCCGAUAAAGUUAUAGCAUCAUUAGCAAGACAUAUGAACUGUCCAGUGUUGAGCUACGACUCGGAUUUUUUUAUAUACAAUGUAAUAUACAUACCUUUGUGUACAUUACAAUUUAAACCAAAAUUAUUAGACGAAAACGGUACGGAAGUGUUUGCUAUGCAAUGCAAAAUUUAUAAAGUACAGUAUUUAUGUGAUCACUUUAGAGGUUUUGAUGAAAAGAAUCUACCGCUACUUGCAACAUUACUUGGUAAUGAUUAUGUGGAUAAAAGAAUUUUUGUAAACGUCUUUUCUCAUCUGAAAUUGUGUGAAAGAGAAGCAAGGAAAAGUCAAGAAAAAAUACUUAUACACACUUUGUUUAAUUGGUUACAAAAUGAAACACUAGGUUCGGCCAUCGCAAAGAUUUUAAGAAGGUUUAGGAAAGAUCAAAGGCAUGAAGCUUUUGCUAUCAUUAAAAGUAAUUAUGAACAGUAUAAUUGCGAUGUUCAGGUAUUAAAGUAUUUUGAUAUUAUUGAACUUGAUUCUCUUUCUGAAACAAGUCCUAUAAAGCCUAAUAUGGAGAUGGAAGUUGUAAGUGAUAGUACUAAUUUUUCAGUUAAUUUUGGUUAUGAUGAGGAAUGGUUAUGGCAGGGUGAUGAAGCUAUUACUUAUCACAAAUUUGAAUCAAUUCCUGCUUGGUUUGCAGAGAAAAUUUACUGUGAGAAAAUACCCCCUGUUUACCUAAAUCUUUACGCACAUCAUUUACAAAUUUGUAAUCCACAGGCAGAGGAUUUUACAGAAAGGGAUAGUUUCCUAUGCUCUUUAUCCAUAGUUAGGUUGGCAUUUGAUAUUCUAACUGAUUUCUCUUAUGACUACUGUUACUAUGUUUCUAGAGCAAAGGAGGGUUAUAAAAGAAUAAAAAUAAGUAAACAGUAUUCAAUUCCGAGACCAUUUGAUGUAUCUUUUAAAGAAAUGAAUGAUGAACAAUUGAAAUUAUGCUUUAAAUAUUUUCUACACUUCAAACUUUCAAAUUUAGAUUUGCCAUUGAUUGAGAUGCUACCAUCAAAUUUUCAGCUCUUUAUGAUAUCUAUGCUUUGGUGGAUAGCUAGCUGCAGUGUUCCUGAAGCCCAUGUUCACUCUUUGAUUAUGUCAUAUAUAACAUUAGAGGUCAUUGAUGAAAAAACUGGAACAGCUCGAGGGCAUAACCGUUUCAACAAAAGACAUGCUGAAAAACUUGAAGAAAUUAGAAAGAACAAAAUUUCAUAUGAAGCUGCAGAAAAUGAACUAUUUCUAAAUAACAAUAAAGUACAACAUGAUGACUGCCUCAUUGCUGCAAGUGCGAUUUUAAAACUUUUUGAAAUUGAUGACUCUAUACAGAAAAACCCUAAAAGUUAUGACAUUAAGAGAAUACAUUCUUUUGCCCAGUUUCAGUGUGUUCUACAUCAAAUGAAUUCUUUAAACACGCUAUGUUCUAAACCAUUUGAAUCAACAAUUUUUUCCAAAUGUUACAACGGAAUAUUGAUAUAUAAUAUAGCCUUAAAGUUGCAAAAAUAUCCAGAUCCUUUAAGUUUUUUUGAUGAAUACAUAAAGGAUGCAACAACAGUUUUACUGUUUUAUAAAAGUAUUUAUUCUAUUUAUAAGAAGUUGGUAACAAUAAUGCGUUUGUCAACAGUGCAAUGGUCUAACAUGAAAAGAAAAACCAGGUGGGAUUAGACAUGUGAAAAAACUUUAAAGGCUGUAUACAUCCAAUUAGCCGAUCAAUCUACUGUCUUUUUUUUGUCAAUAUGACAUUUUUUAUACAAGCUUUAAUAAUGAGAAUAAACACAAAAAAAGGAUU